CUGAAACGGGGAGGAGAAAAGGGGGGAUUUGGGAAUAUUCUUUGUCCUCACCCCGCAGUACAACACACAUAAACCGGAGAAGGACGCAGGCUCCUGGAUGGCUUGAUAUUAGAGCGGGAGAGCUUUCUUUUAAUUAAGAGAAGAAGGAAGGAAAAGCUCUUGAAACUUUGAGGAGCCGUCGGGAAACAGAGGACCUUAAUAUCACAAGAUUUGAGAGGUACCCCACUAUUCAAGAGGCAAAAUGAGCUGGAGCUUCCUCACACGUCUGUUGGACGAGAUUUCCAAUCACUCCACCUUCGUGGGCAAAAUCUGGCUCACCCUCCUCAUCGUCUUCCGCAUCGUGCUGACGGCUGUCGGGGGCGAGUCAAUCUACUAUGAUGAACAGAGUAAAUUUGUGUGCAACACACAGCAACCCGGUUGUGAGAAUGUGUGCUACGACGCAUUUGCGCCGCUGUCACACAUCCGCUUCUGGGUCUUCCAGGUGAUUAUGAUCACCACCCCCACUAUUAUGUACCUUGGCUUUGCCAUGCAUAAGAUCGCCCGCAUGGAGGACGAUGACUACCGGCCCCGGAACAGAAAGCGGAUGCCGAUCGUGAGCCGCGGCGCCAACCGGGACUACGAGGAGGCGGAGGAUAACGGGGAGGAGGACCCCAUGAUCCUGGAAGAGAUCGAGCCAGAUAAGGAAAAGGACGUCGUGGAGAAGCCCAGCAAAAAGCACGACGGACGCCGUCGCAUCAAGCGAGACGGGCUCAUGAAGGUGUACGUGUUUCAGCUGCUGUCACGUGCCAUUUUUGAGGCAUCGUUCCUGUUCGGACAGUACAUCCUUUAUGGGCUGGAGGUGGCACCGUCGUACGUGUGCACACGCUCUCCUUGCCCGCACACGGUGGAUUGCUUCGUCUCACGCCCCACAGAGAAAACAAUCUUCCUGCUCAUCAUGUACGCCGUCAGCGCUUUGUGUCUGCUCUUUACCAUGCUGGAGAUCCUUCACCUCGGCUACAGCGGUAUUCGUGACUGCUUUUGCGCGCCACGGCCUCGGCCUCCCACCCCCCGUCACCCAGCUCUGGCCAGCCAGAGAUCCUCCAUCUGCCGCCAGCCGUCUGCACCUCCAGGCUACCACACAGCUCUGAAGAAGGACCCAUCAGGAAAAAUGGGCUUCAGGGAUAACCUGGGAGACUCGGGCCGCGAGUCGUUCGGGGACGAGGCUUCAUCGCGAGAGCUGGAGAGGCUGCGUAGACACCUAAAACUGGCCCAGCAACAUCUGGAUAUGGCUUACCAGAAUGAGGAGAGCAGCCCGUCACGCAGCAGCAGCCCAGAGUCCAAUGGCACCGCAGUGGAACAGAACAGACUAAACUUUGCCCAGGAGAAGCAGAGCAGUACAUGUGAGAAAGGUCUCCGUGCAUAGGUUCUCAUCCGUCCAGCUGACACUGUAGAUCAAAGUUUACAUCAGGAGCAGUGAGCGGACAUGAGGGAAUCAAACAAGUGGAGUGUGUGUAUGCACGUGUGUGACGUCAUGAACUUGCUUGAGGUGGAUGAAGUCAUCCCAAGCCUUUCAGUGUUACGGCCAGCCGUGGUCGAACAUCAAAGUCAAAGGAGGAGGAGAACGGUCGUCUCAACCCAGCAAUACUUGAGACACCAGCCUGUCUGAAGAUCCAAAGUGCUUACAAACUACCGCUGUGCAACAAUAACCGUUAACAUGUACUUCUCCCUCAGGGCAGCUAUUCUCUUUCAUAUUUUUAUUAUGAGACUUAGAACUAUUAGUCGUUUUUUAAGAGUUUGUCCUCUGUUGGAAGUUCACAGUGAAUGCAUCUCAAGUUUGCCUUAGACCGAAACUGGAACUCCAUUUUAUGGCAUUUUUUGGCCAAGCCAGUCGUAGUACAAAAAAAAAAAAAAACAUGUUUAAACUGUAAGAGUUGAAUUUUGUAUUUUGUGAGUAAGUGAAUCAGUGAGUGAGUGCUUGUAGAUGCAAACAAAAAGGUAAAUGGACAAGGCACCACUCUUAAAAGAAAGGUACUGGAGUAAUUGUCAUACUGAUGAAGACUUUGAGUUGUUAAUUUUCAUACAAAGGUUUCUUUCAAGUGUGUCACUUAUUUUUAUUUUAUUUUUUUUUUUAAUGUUGGCACUGCACCAGUCAACAUUCUCUAGUCUGGUGCCAGGUAUGGAAACUGGAACACACUUGGGGUGCCUUUGUCCAAAGGAAUAAACAAACCUGGGUAAUGCUUGAAAAACAUGUAUCUCUUGAUAUUGUCUUGUAUUGUUCAAACUUGUAUUUGAUACUGUUCUUUAUUUUAUUCAUUUUGAGUAUUGUGGUAUUGAAAAGAGGCUCUUGUCACUGUGGCAAACUUAUUUUCUCUUAUUUUCUUUUCUAAAAACAACAUUCACUGCUGUCUUAGCUCCCUGAAGUCUGAUUUAAUCCAUGGACUGCUGCAUUCUGACAAUGGUUUGGUACAAUAUGAGUUCAAGUGCAGUUUCACUUUAAAAAUGUGCUCUUUCUUUAUACUCUAUAACUUGCAGCUUAUUUUAUUAGGUACACAUUGGCCUUGAGCAACAAAUGUUUCUUUCUCAGUCGGUUCAGAUCCAGAUUUAUUUGUAUCUGUUGGUUAAAUAAGGGAUAAUACUGUAUGUCAUGUUCAAUGUCUUUAAAGUGCUGAUUUCUGGAUUGGCGUUAUUGCGGCUCCAGAGUCUGAAUGAGGGUUGUAAACCAUGUAAUCAUUUCAAUGUGAAUUCAAAUGCCUUGAAUGCGCUCUACUAAGAUGCCGUCUUUUGUAUUCUGAAUCAUACCCACAGUGCCAACUCAAAUACUGUCAUCUCAAGUUAUUUUUGAGCAAUGCUUUUUGUACUUUUUAUACUUUUUGUAUUGAUAGUACUUUGUGGUUAGUUUUUAAAAUAAAUU